CUUCUAUAAAAGCAGAUCUUAGUGUGAUAACAGAAUAAAGACAUUGGACCAUUUACUCAUUUACUGGAUUACUGAGCAAUAUGGAAAUGAUUCAGGAAUAUUUUGAUCAUGUUUAUGAUCAUAUUCCCAAUAUUGAAAUGACUGGAAUACAUAUUUGGGUGACCAUCACAGCAACACUUGCUGUUAUUAUUGUUACAAUUUUGCAUUACCAUUACAAGCAAAUAAAAAAGCCAAAUGUUGAGAUAAGACUUCCAGAUAUAAAACAAACCAGAGGUCCAAGAUUCCGCAAACGUGAUAAAAUGCAAUUUUUUGCAAGAAAAGUUUUACGUAAAGGUAAAGAUGCGGCGUCACGUCUUCAACGUCAAGCCUCAGCGAUCAAGGAGGGAGUUUCUGUCCCAGAAUACAGUCGUUCAGGUAGAAGACUACACAAAAGAGAGAGGAUGUAUAUUCUAGCGAAAAAAAUGUUUCGUGUCAAUAGAGAACCUCCAAAAUUAUUGAAGAAGGAAUUGCCACCAUCUAUGUUGGAGGCAGACUUAUCAGAAGAUUUUCUCAAACCGAAUUUACCAGAGGAGGUGAUGUAUCUGUUGCAAAGUGUUAAAGUUUUUGGUCAUUUUGAAAAAGGAAUUUUUCUUCAAUUAUGUCGUCAUAUGGAAAUAUUAAAAAUAGAAAAAGAUAAGUAUCUUUUCAGAGUAGGUGACCCCGAUGAAUUCAUCUACGUUAUUCAAGAAGGACAAGUAAAUUUAUAUAUUGUUGAAGACAGUUUGGAAAUAAAAUUGAGUGAAUUUACUACUGGUGAAAGCUUGCAUAGUUUGUUAAGUAUUUUGGAUGUGUUGACUGGUCACUCUGCCCCAUAUAAAACUGUUUUUGCUCGUGCUGUAGAAAAUUCGACAGUCAUCAGGUUGCCUGUUGAGGCAUUCAACAUCGCAUUUGAAAACAGGCAAGACGCACUCGUGCAAAUUGUACAAGUUGUAAUGACAAGAAUGCAGCGUGUAACUUUUCUUGCUUUACAUAAUUACUUAGGUCUCUCACAAGAAUUAUUGACUCCUGCUAAAAAUGUCGGCGGAAAAACGCUAUCCAUCCAUAAACUUUCUCAAUCUAGAGAAUCGUUCGGAACAAAUAGUCAAUCGUCUUUCGAUGAGAUAGAGACAAUACAGGAAGAUGAUGAAGUGGAUGCAGCUGUUUUCCUUGAAAAGCCACCACCUAUAAAAGAAGUGUUACCUAGAAAUAAAUCAAAUCCUAUUAUGGUACCAGAAAAGUCGAAAAAACUUCGUUUUGGUGAGUUUGAUACUGUUGUCGAUGAUAAUGAUAAUGUUUUCCACAGACAAACAAGUUUACCAGCUCAAAGCAGACAAAGACAACAAUUGGCUGAUCUGCUGAAGCAAACAUCAUCUGAGACAGCAGCCAGAGAUUUACAAAGUCAAGAUGGAUAUAUGAAAAAUUUCAGUCGUCAUCGAAAUAGUAUUUUGUCUGCACCAAUUGAUACAGAAAGUAACUUGACUUAUGGUAUAGAUAAAAAGCGUCUUGUUUCACAAGAAAGUUUUGAAGAUGCCAAUACCAUGGUCGAACUAAAUGAACCUGAAAUUCUUGAGUUGGUUAUUCAAGAUAUGCUGAAAAUAUUUGGGAUUGAUAACCAUGCAAUGCUGUUAGAUAACGUAACACUUCUCAAAGUACCACAAAACUUUGAAUUGAUUCAAGAAGGUGACCAGGAUGUCUCUCUCUACUUUGUUGUGACUGGAACACUUUCUGUAUAUCAAGCUAUUCAAGAUCAUGAAGCAUCAGACGAAACAAGAAACGUGAAUUUAUUUCAUGCCCAUCCUGGUAUGCUGACUGGACAAUUGGCCGUCUUGACUGGAGAACCUUCUUUCUUUUCUGCGCGUGCAGUUAAGAAUUCUAUUAUUGCAAAACUGAAAAGAAACGAUUUUUACACUAUAAUGCAGGAGUAUCCUCGCAUGGUUCUCAACACCGCUCAUACUGUUGUACAGAGAGUGAGUAAGUUCACUCGUCAAAUCGAUUUUGCUCUUGACUGGACGAUGGUCGAAGCUGGAAAAGCUUUAUACAAACAAGAAACUCUAAGUGAUUGCAUGUAUAUCAUUUUGCAUGGUCGUUUGAGAUCGGUACGUGAAGUCGGAGGCGGCAAAAAAGAAUUAGUUGCUGAGUAUGGCAGAGGCGAGUUGGUUGGUAUGAUGGAAGCACUACGUGGGACAAGUCGUACAGUAUCCAUGCAUGCUGUACGAGAUACAGAGCUUGCUAAAAUUCCCGAAGGCCUAUUGAAACACAUUAGGCAGCGUCAUCCUGGUGUAGUGUCCCAUCUUGUAUCUCUUAUGUCAGAUAAAUUGAUAGGGUCUAUGAUGUCAAAUCGACAGUUGCAUCGCAGCCAUCCAGCUGAAUUACUAUCACACAAGCAUCAUAUAUCAGAAGAAACUAAAUUUGCAUAUGGUGAUGUGUCUAAUCAUCUUGCCAACCUUUCAACAGUUGCAGUGUUGCCUGCAAGCAGACAUGUACCUGUUGAUAAAUUUACGAUGGAGUUGGAACAUGCUUUAUCUGCUAUUUGCGAUCAAGUUUUACAUAUGAAUAGUGAUACUAUAAGAAAAAGGCUUGGACAAAAUGCACUUGAUUCUGCCAAUGAAUAUAGACUCACAGGGUGGUUGGCUCAGCAAGAAGAUCUUCAUAGAAUUGUUUUGUAUCAGACUGAUACUUAUAUGUCUGAUUGGACAAAAAGAUGUGUCAGACAAAGUGAUGCUGUUUUGAUUGUUGCCUUAGGUGAUGCAGGACCAGAAGUUGGUGAAUUAGAACAGGAAUUGGAAAUUUACUCUGUUCGUGCUUUGAAAGUUUUGGUUCUUCUUCACAGACCUGAAGUGUCACAGCCAACUAGGACUGCUGAUUGGCUUAAUGUAAGAGGAUGGUUGACUGAACAUCUUCACAUUAAAGCAUCUAAGCGGGUCUUCACCAAAACUCGUAAAUCGAAAUUGAGAGAAUAUCGUGAAAAGUUGGAGAAACGUGAAGUUGAUCGAUUUAGUGACUUUUCACGUCUUGCUCGAUUUUUAACUGGAACUUCAGUGGCACUCGUACUGGGUGGUGGAGGAGCACGAGGCAUUGCGCAAAUUGGAAUUAUCAAGUGUUUACUAGAAGCAGGAAUACCUAUCGACAUGGUUGGUGGUACUUCUAUUGGUUCUUUCAUGGGAGCUCUUUGGGCCAGUCAUCGAGAUUUGUCGAUGGUUCAAUCACAAACAGCUAUUUUUUCAUCUGAAAUGGGAUCAUUUUUACCAAAAAUAUUUGAUCUUACCUACCCUAUAACAUCAAUGUUCAGCGGUUCUUCAUUUAACAAUGGAAUUCACAUGAUUUUUAAAGAAACCCAGAUUGAAGAUCUCUGGCUACCAUACUUUGCAAUAACCACAGAUAUCACAAGUCCAAAAAUGAGAGUACACACAGACGGGUCACUAUGGCGAUACAUAAGAGCAAGCAUGUCCUUAUCUGGAUAUCUACCACCUAUUUGCGAUCCAAAGGAUGGGCAUCUUCUCAUGGAUGGUGGAUAUAUUAAUAACUUACCAGGAGACGUAGCUAAAUCAAGAGGAGCUUGUCGCGUAAUCGCUGUUAAUGUUGGUGCGGCCACUGAAACCGAUUUCACCAACUACGGUGACCAUUUAUCUGGUUGGUGGCUUCUUUGGAAAAAAUGGACUGGUAGAUGGACAGGACAUGUCAGAAUUCCUGACAUGAAUGACAUUCAAUCACGUCUGUCUUAUAUCUCAUGUUUCUAUCUGAUGGAUUUGGUUAUUCACAGUGACUAUUGUACCUACCUAAGACCACCAGUUACAAAGUAUACUACGCUUGAAUUUUCCAAAUGGAAAGAAAUUCUGGAGAUUGGAUAUGAAUAUGGUAGAGAAAAUUGUACAGAAGAAUGGGGACGAAAAUUUUGGAACGAUCUUCAUAAUAUAAAAACGGAACAAAGUACUGGAUCAGCGUCGGAAGAGACAAUGACCUUCUCAAAUAUAAGAAGAAAGUCUUCAAUUGCUAAUUUAAAGGGAAACACUUCAUUUACGGAUCUUUCAGAAUUGUUAAGAAGAAAAACAUCGGAUGCAUAUUCCGCUGAUCUUUCCGACACUGAUUAUGAAUUAGGAUACGAUUCAUCACCUGAAAAUAUUGGAGCGAUGUUACUCGGACAACAGAGCGAUGAACAGGAUGGUGUUGUUUCCGAUGGAGAUACAAGUAACUUCCACUCAAUGAUGGAUGUUGGAUCUACUUCAGAAGAAGAAGAAGAUGACGCUAUUUUGAGGAAAUUUUCUUCUCAGAAAGUUCUCAGCUCAUCUUUAUAAAGUAUUUGUAAAAAUAAAA